UUCAGUUCACUUCAGUUCCUACAAGGUUCAGCAACAUUUAGAGCUCUUCCAAAUUUUUAUACAAUUUAUUUUCGUGCUUUUUUUUACAUCGAAAAUAUUUUGUAACUUUUCCAACAUUUUCUAUAAAUUCGUUGAAAGAAAGGCAAACGGUUUAUAUCAGUGCUACAACAACGUGAAUCCUUUACCAGCGCAAGUUACCCCAAAUCCUUAAUCCAAAUCGAAAUCCAGACUUUGGUGUGCUUCCAUUCCAACCACCACCAACCAUGUAUUCGGCCAACCGACGAUCCCAGAGCGCCCACCCCCCGUCCACCAGUCGCGCAGCCCGGAAUCUGGAUGCUGCCUCCUUGGCGGCCACCUUCCUGGACAAGAACUCGAGGCCCGACUUUCGUGUCAUCCGCACGGUGAUGCCCAUUGAGUUGCCAUCCUUUGUGCAGUCACCCGCUUUGAUUACCAUGCUGAAGUCGCAGAUCGCGCGUCGCAAGCAAUUCCUCGAAUCAUCCAAUGCCCUGGGCGAGGAUAUGCUGAAACGAUUGGGCGGUAGACGCGAUGCGGUAUUCUUUAUGCAUAGCAUUGCGAUGGGUGAACUGAAGCAGUCCAUUGGUGAGCUGGCCAGUCUGCUGCGUCAACUGGAGAUGGUGUACGAGCCGCUUGCCUAUGGCAAGAUAUCCGUGCAGACCCAGCAGGCCGAUAAGCGGGCCCAGAUGUCCGAGAAUCUGCUCCACGGACGCAAUGAGCAGCUGGAGCGCCAUGUCGACCAUGCCAUGACCACCGGUUUCCGUGAGCGCGCCAACGAUGCCCGUCGUCGUCUGGCCGAGAAGGAUGAAGCUAGCAAGGCUCUGGGCGUUUGGCGUUCCCACUAAAACCGGAUCGCAACGAAAAUCACAUCGAAUUCGGCUAUAUCCCCUGAAGACACAGCUAUAUCGGAAACUAUGAUAACUUUUGAUUUAAAAUGGUCCCUGGAUAUUUGGCUGUUUGCGACCAUUUAGCUGAUCUGUGAUGUUUGCCUUGGUUUUGGAAACGUAUGCAUCAUCUAUCUAUCGGUUAACUUACUGGACUGGAACAUAAAUUGUAUUCAUACUGAUACUACUACUCCUACUAAGGCCCUCAAUACCUUACAUUUCAACUUUCAAAUUAUUCAAGUGCUCCACAGUGCCUAGCAUAGCAAUAAAAGAUGAAAAUAAUCUAGUAAA